AUGGAAGAGCCGGAAUCCGAAGGAGACGACGCCGUCGUGGUCUACAAGAACUCUUACGCUUCACUGGCCAACGACCUGCCGAGUUCCUCGUUGUACGACAUGAAAAGGAGCAUCUCGCAGUUCUCCCAACUCUUCCGCCCGAACAACACGUGAGCAGAACUCAUUAAUAACUUUACAGCAGUCUGUGUUGACGGAAGAUCUUGUAAAAACAUCGCGACGGAUGUUAACUUUUUUGUGAAUAGAUAAAAAGCAGUUCCACUGAUUUUUCUUGUGCAACAGGUGCUCUGUCCAGAAAUUCUCUGAGCGUUAAAAAUCUCUACGAUCGUAGAAAAAACGUUUAUAACACUUUUCCGACUUUUUUUUUGCAAUUUGUGAGCAACAAACUGAAUUCGAAAUUUUACUAACAAAACUCCUUUUCAAAAAAGGAUUUCAAUUUAUUUCAAACUGUUUUCUCAAACCCAAUUCUGAACUUUCCAGCUAAAUGAGAAACGGCUUUCCUGGUGAAACUCAUGAACAAUCAAUAUUCAGAAAAAAUUGCAAAGAAAUUAAGGAACUUUCGAGCCAAAUUAACACUUAUGGAUAUUGAGAAACCUCUGAAAAAAGCUGCUGUUGCAGCGAGAAAAAAAUGCUGCAAAAAAAGAAAUUUUUGUAAACAAAAAAAUUAUGUAUCAAAUGUAAUUUUAUGAAAAAUUUGUGAUCGAAAAAAUUGAACUUACCAUUACAACCAAAAUAAGCGAUUUUUUUCUGUGAAAUCUAAUCUCAACAAACUUCGUAAGUUGAUCUGGAUUCGGCUUCACAAACAUCCUGAAGACACUUUUCAAGAUUCUCGUCGACAGAUGAACAUGCUUCUUCCAGAGUUGUUAGAUUCUUUUUCUGACUUCAUAAUGAACUCGAUUUAAAAAAAAUGACUGUUCCAAUUGAAAAAUCAAAUUUCUACGGAAUCUGUUUUCCUAUAAAUGACUUCGAGACGAAUCCCUCAGAUUUCUCAGAUAGGAUCUGUCACAAAUUGCUCAAGUUCCCAGAGUCCGACCUGCGGCAAAUAUCCUUUGUGCUUCUGACGGAUGGAGCGCCGAUAUCCGCUUUUAAUACCCUCUCCGACGGUGCUAAUAACGUUUCUGGCUUCAUUCAUGCGGACUCUCGAAAUAUCUCCUUCAUUACUAGUCUCUCCACAAGAAAAAAAAAGCCUAAUUGUACUACCACGGUUCACAAUUUCUUCUCGGAAAUAGUCUUGAUUUCUCGUCUCUUUUCCCGUUUUGUCUAUUGAAGAAAAAGAUGUUAAAAGACUAGUAUUUGCCGUUUCCUACGAAAAAUCCAACUUUUUCGAAAAUCAGAUCUCCACAUCAAAUUUCGUAAUCACGUUUUUUUUUUCAAAGACGUGAAAAACAGCUGCUGCAGAUUAGCUUUUUUCAAGUAAGAUUUUCGUUUUGGUUGCUACCUACUGUGAGUAAUUUUUUGCAUUUUAUCGCGAAAAAUUAUUUCUCAUCUUAAAUAUUUGAAAAUCUCAAUCAAGUAACUUCUAAUAGGUUUUGCACUCACUUGCUCGGAAAUUACUCAUGAAAAAAAACAAUAAAGGUCGCCACUUAGCAGAGGGAUAACAAGCCCGGCAGUCCACGAAUUCCGGGACCGAGUGAUUAACGAGAGUAUCGCAUGGCUUCAAAGCUCAGAAGAACGCAACUUGCAUAAAUAUCUCGUCUCCCAACACAAUCAAUGCUCCCAACGGACACAACCCAACACAACUACAGCUUGAGGGCACAAGUAGGCGAAUUAGGUAUGCAUCUUAGACGUUUGAUGUUCUUUUUUCUACUCAAUGCCAUCAGCAAAAUGGCUCUCCGUGUGUUACACCUCUCACUCGCACGCUGCUCCUGAUUAAUUGUUGAUUGUCUUUUUUUCCGCAAAGCGGUACAACUUUUUUUGAGUUCUUCUAAUCUUGUUGCUUGUUAUUUUCUCUUACUUCGUAAUUGAAAAAAAUAUUAAUAAGGCAAUGAAAUCUUCAAACACUUGUUGAAGGUACAUUUUGAAAGAAGUGGAAAAUGAAUAAUUUUUUUCUGAACUUCGAUUUUUGGGAAAAAAUUGGUUAACCAACUAAAAAAAUAUUUUUAACAUUUUUUUAAAAGGAAUUUCAUCGCAAUUUUUGUUCGAAAAUUUGAGAACAAGGUCACGCAAAAGUUUUUACUGCUACUACUUUUCAAUUUGAUGUCGCAGUGCUUCUUUCAAAUCAUAAAACCUAGAAAAGUAGUAUGUCUUCAAAACGAUUUGAAAAAUAGCAGACUGAAGUUGAGUUUCAAACCAUCAUGCAACUUUCUUUUUCUCAGCCAAAAUUUUUUGUUUAAACUCUCUUAAAUUUGUAUCACGGUCGAUUCAAGUUUUCUGUUGCUGGCAGGGAUGAAAGAGAACUUAAACAAUGAAUUAAAUUUUUGGAGCAUAAAAAUCAAUUAGUGUCGUCAACAGAAUUGCGUCUUUUUUUGAUCAAAGUAUGUAUAAGGUAUUCCAUAAAUUUGUGAAAAAAAUAAUUUACGGAAUCAGUUGUAGUAAUUUAAAAAAUCUUACUUGGCGACCUUUUUCUAUUUUCUUAAAUAUUCAAGUGUUUCAGGUAAUUAUUCAUUUUUUCAAAGGUUUCAACUUUCGGCCUUCUUAUUUUCUCAGCACUUACCCCUCAAAAAAAGUUUUCUCUGAGGCAAACCCUGAUAGUCAAGGUUUUGUGAAUUUUACAACACUGGGAAAUUUUCUUAAUUUAGAAACUGCUACCACAAAAAUUUGCUUUCUAUCAAAGUUUUUGUGUUUUAAGUUGCAAAUGAAAAAAAUUUGAAUUUGUAUUUCUUUGAAAAAUAUCUUUUGAAAAACAUAAAUAGUGUUCAAAUAAAGAUUUUCAACAUGUCUUUAAACUCGAAUGAGUUCAAGUUUCGUGUUUUUCGGAUGUAACCAAAAAUUAUAUCUUCGUGUAGACUUAGAACUACAGCUUAUCAGCUUGUUCACUGGGAUAAACCGAUGAGAUUCCGUUCAUUUCAUCUCUCUUCUUUCUCUAUUUGUUUCUUUUCAAUCAGUCCAGAAAUCAAUCAAAGCUCUUUUGACAUCCCUCGUCAGGAUAUUACAUUGCCUUCGUGUUGCAACUUUUUCCUUCGAGUUGAACGUUCAAAAAGUUAUCGUUUUUGGGUCUUUCAUUCAAAAAUACAUUUUUUUUUCUCAAUUGUUUUGGUUUCAUGCCUCAAAAAGACAGUUUUGCUUAUGUCCUGGUAAAGUUUUUUUGUGAAAAACAAAAAUUGACAAAAACAUCGUUAUCGAAAAAAGAAAUCUCGCAUUUUAAUAAAUUGCCAUAUCUAGAAAUCUCGAACUCUCUUCCACUUUCUAUCCAACUUUUCCAGAGUCACACUAUUGUUUUUUCACUUUGUUGAGCUUUACUUCUUUUGCCUCUGCUCUUUACGCUUCAUUUGCACCCCCUCGAAAAGAAAAAGCUCUGUUCGUUUCAUUUCAAGCCUUUUCAGAUCGGAAAAAAAGAGUUUUUCAGUUGUAUUGAUGUGAGAACAAGCUAUGUGGGCCGACCAGAAGCCCUGUCCCAUCAAUCGGUUGGCUUCCAACCCGGGGCUUUCCGCCGCCUCCAGCCAACUGAUUUUCAACGAGAAAAUGUAUCGUCAUCUUUCCUCAUACUUUUUGAUAUAUUCUGAUUUCGAUCUAAUCCAAGUCAAUAAUUUUGGAGAUGAACAAAAAUGGAGUAAUUUUAUAUGUUUUGUCAACUUUAUCCAGUGUCUCUCAGUUAUCCUGAAACUGAAGCUUGCAGUUUUUCCAUCUUACGGUUGCAACUAAAACUUUCUCGGGUUGAUCCUAAUUCUGAUUUUUUCAAAUUUGAAAAAAAAAACUCGAAAUCCAUCAAAAGAUUCGUAACAGAACGGUUGGUUUUUCUAUUAGUAACCCAAUUGGCAUUUUGAAAUUCACCAGCCAGAAAACCCCUUUUUUUAGACAAGAACAAAUUCACAUUCAUUAGAGUAACCUGAGAGCCUUGCGUGUCGGCGGGAAUGCGUAAUUAGGGCUUUUUGGUCUCUAUUGCAUGAGCUGCACGCCAAAGUUGAUCAGGAACUUGUUACAAAUGACUUUUUGCUAAAGCCUUUGAGUGGAAAAAAAUAUCAAAACAAAAACUUCCGCUGUGUUAUUAUCAUUCUUAUCACUAAACGGCACAGGUUUUGAUGUUUCGAGACGUUUGAGCUGAUUUGAAAUGCAAAUUCUUUAUUUCGUGAAUGAAACUUUUAAUAAACUCCGUGAAGUUUCUUGCCGUCUUCAGGAGAACGGUGGGAAGUUUUGAUAUCUAAAAAAAUCAAAAUUGCAUAGAUAACAGAAGCGGCUCUUAAAUAUUUCAGUUUUUCAGCCUAGCAGAUUUGGUUAUAAAUUGAAAUAGAUUCACACUUUUCUUAUAACUCGUGAUUUUGAGUCGUAUACUUUCUUUUCACAGUUCAUACUGUCUGAUAAAUUUUUUUUUCUCUGAUGAAAUGAACAUCAGAUAAUUGAGAACUGAUCUUAAGCUGGAGAGGUGAGGGAUGGGAAAAGUCCCGAGAGAAAAACUUUGUAUUUUUCCCUCUCAAAAAAGCUCGUCUAGCGAAAUAACAAAGUUAGGCAGGUCAAUUCUGAACACGCACGCAAUCAACGACGGCAAUCUUUUCGAAGCUAAGACUCUUCAUUUUUCUUCUUUUUGUUUUCCUUCAAAAGAAGGCUGGUCGUAGGAAAUUCCCAACUCUAGCUGCGAGCGUCUUUCGAAUGUCGAUACGCACCUCAUCCACCCAAAACCAAUUGUUGUUUUGGGCAUGAAGCUGCUUCACCCAUUUUGUCUCACGCGUAGUCCUUUGAGAAUUUCAUAGCAGAGUUAAAUAUCCUCCUUUUCUCUUUUUUUUUCUUGAAUUUUCGAUUUUUAUUACAGUGCUCGUAUGCAGUAUGGAGUCGACACGAGCUUUAAAUCAAGGUUACAGCAGUACUUCAUCGAGAAUCAGAAGUCAAGUAAGACCUUUCGUUUUCAAGUUUUUUUUUCGAGAUGCCCUGAAAUGCCAAAAAAUUGCGAAAGCCCUGCUAUGAGUCAACUUUUUUUUUUGCUAUAGCGAGUUUCAAUUGGUAUUUCAAACUGAGGGAAAUCGAAAAAUGAAAAUUCUCUUAACUUGAGAUAGAAAAUAGAAAAUUUGAAAAAGGAAGAAAGACACAUAGUUUUGCAAUGCCGCUCGCCUUAUCUUUCCUGAGUCUUAUAUGCAAUAAACUGUUUCACAAAGAUUAGGCUAGUAAUCAUGAAAGUGGCCUUGCAAAGCGUUGCUUCCCUUGAAGUUUCCUCAUUUCGGUUUAAUUUUUCCAGUUUUUUGACUUUCAGGCAAGCAGUAAAGGCUCAAAGAUUUCCUGAAAUUGAGAAAAAUGGGUUUGGGGAGCCUUUAAAGUCUUAUUUGUUGACGAAGUUGAGCGAUUGAGGAGAAUUUUUUUUGGGAUGAAACAAAAAUACUUCGAACUUUUCUUAGCAACUUUCCAAGAUUUUCGAAGGUUGGGUUCAUUUAAAUUUUUCUUAUCACUUUUUGAAACAAUUUUCUGUUCAAGAAUAUCGACCGAUAUCAACUUUUGCAGUCGGAGGAUCUGCUUUUUAGGUCUUCGAAUACGCAUGUUCAACGUGUUCAUCAAACUUCUCUCGUGCGUUUUCUACUGUGUGAGAGUUCUUCAUGACGACCGCGUCUACCCUGUCCCGUUCCCUUACACAAACAACACUGAAAACGAUGCAGAAGUCACCAAAUAGUAUGGAAAAAAAUAGAAAAUAGAUGGGAAUCCGUUGUUUCAGCGAGUAUUUGAUAUGGGUCGAUUUGGAUUACUACACUUGGCUCGCCCAAACAAUAGUAGCCAGUAUUAGUAUUGCAGAAACAAUCGUCGUUUUUUAUCUUAGUUAUUCGGUUGGUUUCGAUAAUCUUUGACUUUUUCAUCUUGAAGAUUCAGGGCAGCGUUUUACGGCUUUUAAAUAAUAUUCACUUUUUGCUGGAGUUGCUUACUAGCUUCCCUUUCUUAUUCACGGUAAAACUGGCUGGAAUAAUCGUAAACUUGCUGAUUUACAGAUUUUCUUCCCCUCCUACCGUAAUUUAUAUGUGCCUGUAUUUUUGAACUGUUGGCUGGCCAAAGGAGCAUUGCAAACCAUGAUGGCAAGUCCGCAAGCCGAUAACUCGAUCACGAAGACAGUUUUCAGAACGAUCUGAACAGGAGCUCGUUCAUAAACCAUUCUGCUUUGUUCCGCCAAUUUCUUCUCUUGUUCUCAGUUUUAUUGUGCUUGCUCUUCACAGGUGAACUUGACUAAGAUAAUUGUAUCAAAGAAAAAAUUUUGCAGGUAUGUGCAGCAUCGAACAUUUGCAACGAGCCCGUGCAAAACGCAUCGACUUAUUCACCUCAUUUUAUUUCGUAAUGGUCACGUUUUCAACUGUAGGUUAUGGGGACUGGUGAGUUCAACCAGUGAAUGAGAUUUCUCAGGAAGGUUUCUAGGUACCCCGAUUACUGGAUGUCACAACUAUGCGUGGUCAUUCUCAUUUGCGUCGCUCUUGGUUUGAUUCCGAAACAAGUAUCCAAAAAAAAAAACUAUCGCUGAUGAUAAUUUCUUACAGUUGGAUGAAGUUAGAAUGACUUGGACAGAGCGUCAAAAGUCUGGAAGUGACUUUGGAGGAUGGGGAAAUGAGGAGAAUGGUCAUGUCGUCGUGACGAUCACUUCAUUGGAAGUCGCUUUUAUUAGAGAUUUUCUAGAAGAAUUCUACGCUCAUCCAGAAAAUCAGGUGAAUAUGAACUGAGCGAUUUAAAAAAAAUCUGAUAAAUAAAAACUUGAACCAACGAAAACAUAUCGAGAAACACAGAUUUUCUUUUUUUCAAAAAAAGUUGAAUUUCAUCAAACUAUAAAAUUUUUAGAGAGUCCAAGUAGUUCUACUGUCACCAGCUGAAUUGGACACGCCAAUGAGAAUGUUGCUCAGAAUUCCGCUUUGGAAUAAUCGAGUGCAUUAUGUAAGAGGCAGUGCACUGAGAGAUGAAGAUUUGGAAAGGUUUAUAAUUCUUUUCAAUCAUUUCGAAAAUGAGGAAAUUUAAUUCAGAGCAAAGGUUCUCAACGCCAAGGCUUGUUUCAUCUUAUCUGCUCGUAACCAGAACAAAAAAGUUGUAACGGUAGUUGUAUCCUCCUUUUUUUCUCUAAUUCCUGGUGCAUGCCACUUUUUUUCGAUGUUUUAGAAAUCAAAAUUGAGUUCAGAGGAAACUAUUUUUUUAUAAAAAUUUAGCUGCGCUCUAUUUUUUUACUCAGAAUCUGACCUCUAUUUGAAAAAAAAUUGUAGGAUGAACAUACAAUCCUCCGCUCUUGGGCUGUGAAAGAUUUUGCCCCUUCUGUGAAGCAAUAUGUCCAAGUUUUCCGCCCAGAAACCAAAAUGCACAUUGAGCAUGCUGGUAAUUUGGUUUUGAAAAAAUAUCGAGCUUAUUGCUGAAAUAAUUUCUAGAAAUCCUCAUAUGCGAGGACGAGUUCAAAUACGCCCUUCUUGCAAACAAUUGCAUUUGUCCUGGUAUUUCCACAUUCAUCACUCUUCUUAUGCACACUUCUCGGGGAGAGUGAGUUCCCAAGCGUAAAUUCUUUUUAUCCUGAUUUAUCAGAGAGGGACAAAAGUCGACAGAACCUUGGCAUAAAGUAUAUGGGUUCCACUCUGGAAAUGAAAUCUACAACAUCAAAGUUGCUGAGAGCAAGUUUUUCGGGGAUUUCAUUGGAAAGUCGUUCAGUUAUGCAUCUUUCCACGCUCACAAGUCGUGAGUUUUUGUCUUGAAACAAAUGAGAUUGGCCAGUUUCAUGAAUCAUUUAGUCAGACACAAAACCUAAAACUUCAAUAAUAUCUGGGAAUUUUUCUAGCUAUGGUAUUGGCUUGAUCGCAGUCUCACCGGAAAAUGGAAGCACCGGCGUAAAAUUGAACCCAGGACUCACACAUACAAUCCAAGCAGAUGAUAUUUUGUACUACAUGGGCCUGACCAACGAAGAGUCCCUCUAUGACUUCCGAAAAGACAUCCAGCAACAGCAACGCCGCGCAAACGUAGCUUCUACCAUUGCUAACAUUGGUAGGAUAUAGUUUUAUCCAGAAUUUGUAAGCAGCUGCUUUCUAGGAAAUAUUGCCAUCGACGUGCCUGGAACAAAUGAAACGAGAGACUUGUCCCGAAAAAAGAAAAAGAGGGCGAUUCUUCAGAAAGAAAAAGCAGCAGAUGAGAUGAAUUUGAUUGAAGUCGGUCAGCCGGUGAAUUCUAGUAGAAGACCUUCGAUAGCCAUGGUUACUGAGGUAGGAAACAUCAGAAAAAAAAAACAAAACCAAUUUUUUUUCAGAGGCAUAUUGAAUCAUCAUCUGAUUCUGAAGGUGAAGAGCACUGCGAGAAAUGUCAUGGAGUUUGCAUACAGAAGAAGUUGGUUCCCGAAAUUCCCGAAAUAGAUUGAAACGGAAUUUCAGACUCCAAAGAACUUACCCGCAAGUUCGCACUUACAUCGGUACUUCUAACAUCGUUUGCCACAUGAUGAAAGAGAAAAGGUCGAUGUGCUGUUUACAGCUCAACGUGGUUGGUAUCAACUGCUUUCUUCGGUUUCCCUCUUCAAACGCUUUUUUUUACAGCCCUGCACUCACAAAAAGUACACAACCGCUUUCGAGUACAGAUGGAGAAACCGACCUAUCAUCCUCGCUGCGGACAAAACCAGCAGUGGAAUGUACAAUUUGAUUACUCCAUUAAGGUGAAAUACCCGGAAAUAUGGACUUAAAAUAAUAAAGUUUAGAGCUUAUUAUCGACCUGUUCACGAUUUACAUCCAAUCAUUCUGCUCCUUGAGAUGGAAGAAGAAGACGCCGUCGGAUCGACUUUCCUCGACGCCAUGGCGUACUUUCCAGACAUUUUUUGGAUUAAAGGCUCUAUUUCUAAGUAAAGUUCUUUGCAGAAUAAAUGCAGAAUAUUCAACUAUUACAGUUUGGACAACUUAUUGAGAGCAGGUGUGAGUCUAGCUGAACACGUGGUAGUCGUCAAAGAAACGGCGGUCAUCGCAGAGGAACAUUUUGCUGAUUGCAAUACGAUAAUCACAGUUCAGAAAAUCCACAGGUAAAAUGAAAUAGUUACUUUCAAACCCGUUUGAGCUUAGGCCUUGAGCUUUUCUGAUCCCGAUUUUGGUAGACUUCCCACAAAAUUUUUGAGAAGAAAGCAAAAUGAUUUGAAGCACGAUUCCGCCAAAAAAAAUUUUGAAUCAGCUUAACACGCGUUCUCUGAGAAAGUCGAUGAAUGUGAAGCACAAUAAAAAAAAAAUUUUUUUUCAGCUUAUUGUCUACAGUAUCUUUUAAAAGGGGCGGAGCCACCUGGAACCUGCUGCUAAAUAAUUAGAAGCACGUGUGUGAACUGUGAUAACAUUUUGAGGCAAAUCAAAAAGAAAAUUUUUAUCUUGUUUUGCUUUUUAAUCCUGAAAAGUCAUCGAUUUUCUCAGAGAACGUGUGUUAAAUUCCCGAACGAUUUCACAAACUUUACCAUUCAAACGAAUUCAGAAUGUUCCCAAAACUCCGAGUUGUUACUGAACUAUCCCACGCGACAAACAUGCGCUUCGUACAGUUCAAUCCAAACAACGCUUAUUCUCUCGCCCAGUCAAGAUUCGAAAAGGUUCUCCUAACUUCUUAGGCUUCGAACAUUUUUAUUAUUUUUCCAGAAAGAACGGAAACGCGGCUCACACAUGCCAUUCAUGUUCCGGUUGCCGUUUGCCCAGGGCGGCGUUUUCAGCGCAAAUAUGCUCGACCGACUGCUAUACCAAGCAAUUAUUAAGCCUUAUGUCGUUUCGCUUAUACGGCUUUUGCUGGGAAUCGACCAAUCCGGGGGUGGAGGCUAUUUGACUUCGGUACAAAACAAUUUUUGAGAUUCACAAUCAACACCAAUGUUUUAAGUUUGUGAUCACUGAUGAGGACAUGUGGAUAAAAAACUAUGGACGUCUCUAUCAGAAGCUGUGUUCUUCAGUUGCUGAUAUUCCCAUUGGAAUUUUCCGAACAAAAAGAAUGGACACAAAAACUGUUUGUUCCUGAAGUGUAGUACUCAUCACAAAAUUUCUUCAGGUUUCUUUAGAUCUCCAAGAGCAAUGUCUCAAUUCCGAGAGGGAUGAACUUUUGCGAAAUAAAGAUAUGUAUGAACACGUCAAAAAUAGAAUGCGUCUUCUGGGAAUACGUGAAUCCAGCACUCGUAAUUUUCAAAAAAAGGUUUUAUGGGUUUUCUUCAUUUCAGUUCUGGAAGGAAGUGAGAGCAAAGGAACAAUUUCUUUUGUCAUUAUCAACCCUUCUCCAGAUUUGGUCCUCGAAAUCGGUGACAUUGUGUAAGUUUGAACUGAUUUGCUUUUAUUUUCUUUUAUCCGAUUGCUGAGUUACUGCUAAUUAUUUUUAUCGACUUUCUGAAUUACUGCUAAUAGUUUUGAAAAGAGAAUACUCAGCAUGAAUUUAAUGUCCCUCUUUGAGCUUAAAACUAUGAGCUUUCUAACGCUAUUCCUUCGCCUUGAUUGCUCAUACAAGCAUCUUUAAACAAACUACGGUCGAUACUACUUUUCUCAAGCUUUCUGAUCAGUGACAAUGGGAUGACUCAUGCAAACUCAUAUCAAAUUUACAGUUAUGUGAUAAGAAGUCCUCUGCGGAAAGACGCCACGAGUAAGCGCGUGAAUCCAAGAAGAGGACUUCGAAGGAGCAAAAACGUGAGAGAAACCAUGGACGGCAAUCCUUCCGCUCCUCUGCCAACCAUAGUGUUCGUCGCUUAUUUCAUAACUGCAUUUUAAUCUGCUCCUUUUCAGAAUCGACAACGAAGAUCUCCCCUAG